AUGGAUUACAGCUCGUUCAGUGGAGUCCCCCGGUUCUUGACCCGGCCUAAGGCAUUUAUGGUGUCUGUGGGGAAGGAUGCUACCUUGAGCUGCCAGAUCAUUGGAAACCCCAUCCCAGUUGUGAGCUGGGAAAAAGAUAAACUUCCAGUCCAGUCUGGGGGAAGGUUUAAAACCACAGAAGAUGGGGAUCUCUAUCGGCUAACAAUCUAUGAUCUGAGCCUGGAGGACAGCGGCCAAUACAUCUGCCGAGCCAAGAACACCAUCGGGGAAGCUUUUGCAGCUGUCAGCAUCAAAGUUGGCGAGGAGACCACAGUAACAGAGUCAGCCCCAUACUUCAUCCAGAAACCCUCUUCCAUCAAAGUAACGUUGGGAGAAGACGCCAUGUUCAAAUGCAAAGUUCAGGGCAGCCCUCCCCUCUCGGUGAACUGGGAGAAGGAUGGGAGACACCUGCGGAACCGGGCUGAUGCCGGCCGCUUCCAGAUCGAGUCUGCCGGGGAGUCAAACGCUCUCACCAUCCAGUGUGCCCGGCUCGGGGACAGUGGUACCUACACUUGCCGGGCAGAGAAUCCCAUUGGCUCUGCCAGCGCUUCGGCUGCGCUGGUGGUAGAAACUCAUGGCUCUUCCAACCCGGGCAGCAGCAGCCACUUCGAUACCAGCUGUGGCAAGACGGCAUCCUUGUUGUCUCACUUGCAAAAGAGACGGGAGGAGAUCAGGAAGACAGACAUCUCCCAUGGGGCUCUUGAUUCAACAUCUGCCCAAUCUUACUUCGCGACAGAAGGGUUGUCCGGCAUCAGCUACAGCCUCUCCCGGGAUUACGAGAGAGCGGCUGGACUUACCACCAAAGGGGCCCGCAACGCAACUUUUGGGGCGUUGACACGCAUGUGCAGUGUGACGGAGGGAAAGCACGCCAAGCUGAGCUGCUACGUGACGGGUGAGCCCAAACCAGAGAUUGUGUGGAAGAAGGACAACGAGGUCAUUUUGGAAGGGCGGCGGCAUGUCAUCUAUGAGGAUGAUCAGGAGAACUUUGUGCUGAAGAUCCUCUUCUGCAAGCAGAUAGACAAUGGGCUGUACACUUGCACAGCCUCCAACCUGGCAGGCCAGACGUACAGCUCCGUCCUUGUCACCGUCAAAGAACCCUCAAUACCCUUCAAGGAAAAACUGAAGGAUCUUGAAGUGAGGGAGAAGGAAUCUGCCACCUUCCAAUGUGAAGUGCCUGUUCCUAGUACAGAGACAGCUUGGUUCAAGGAGGAAACCAAGCUCCGACAGAGCAAGAAAUACAACAUCGAAGAAGAGGGCACGUAUCGCCGGCUCACUGUCCAGAAUGUCACUGCAGAUGAUGACGCUGUCUAUAUCUGUGAGAUGAAAGAAGGGAGCAGGACCAUCGCAGAAUUGUCUGUCCAAGGGAACAUCAUUAAAAAACUUCCACGAAAGACUGCGGUCUUCAUAAAUGAUACAGCCAUCUUCUGUGUGGAGCUGGACAAUGAUUGCCAGAACAUCCGAUGGCUGAAAAAUAAAGAAGAAGUGAAACCCAGUGAUCGAAUCUCCAUCACAUGCUCUGGCAAGCAACACACCAUGAUCAUCCGAGAGUGUAAGAUGGAAGAUGCUGGCGAGAUUGCCUUCCUGGCUGAUGAAAGUAGGACUUCUACCCAGUUCAGUGUGACCACUCCCAAAAAACCUCCCACCCAACCCCCAGCUGACCCUGUGGUGAAAAAUAAAACAGAAACCUCAGUGACGCUAGCAUGGUCCCCUCCGAAAAUGGACCGCCCCAUUCCAAUUGAUGGCUACGUUGUGGAACGCAAGAAACUAACUGGCUUUACUUGGGUGAGGUGCCAUGAGUCUCAUGUCCCGGUCCCAGAGUUCACGGUGAGCAACCUUUCAGAAGAGGCUGACUAUCAGUUCAGAGUGUCUGCAGUCAACGCCUAUGGACAGAGCCCCUACCUGGAGUUCCCAGGGAGCAUGCACCUUGAACCAGUCCUGGCUGUGAAAACCCCUCUGACAACCGUUGAAGCUGUACCUGGAGGGGAUGCUCUGUUUACUGUUGACCUUACGACAACAUGUUCCGGCACUUGGUACCUUAAUGGUAAAGUCUUACAGGAAAGUGAGACCUACAUCAUUAAGAGAACACAAACUACUCACACUCUAAUCAUAAAGAAUGUCACCAAGAAAGAUGAUGGAGCAGAAGUGAAAUUUGUUGCCAAUAAUGUUGACACCAGCACCAAGAUGAAAGUGAAAGGUGCUGCAGUGAGAUUUACCAACAAGAGCAGAGAUAUAGAAAAAGUCUCUGCUCGACUGCGGGAAGAAGCCAAACUUCAGGCUGAGCUUUCGGACACAGAGACUACUGUGAAUUGGAUGAAGGAUGGGAAAGAGCUCAAGACCAGUGACAAAUAUGAACUUCAAACUGUGGGGAAGAGGCACAUCCUGAAAAUUCGCAACACUACCGCAGAGGAUGCUGGAGUUUAUGAGUGCGUCUGUAAAGGGGAUAAAAUGCUCUAUCAGCUUUCAGUGAAAGCACUUGCAAACUUCAUAAACAAAGAGAAAAGUGGAGGAGUUAUCAGGGCCAUUGCUGGAAAAGAGGCUGAAUUUCUUUCUGAGACCUCUGAGGCCAACAUCAUGGUUAAGUGGUACAAAGAUGGCAAAGAAAUCACAGCCAGCAAGAAAUUCACCAUGGAAGAUAAAGGAAAACUGCAUAAGCUUGUGGCUUCAGCUGUGACGAAAGAAGAUGAAGGAACAUACACAUGCAAGAUUGGAGAUGACACUCUUAUUUUUGAUUUAAAAGUCUCAG